ACGCAUGCGCAAACAGACCAAGCAGCUCAAAGACUUUUGCACGAUGGCGGACUGAAGGACUUUCAAAUGAACGAUCUAACAGUUUUAUAGAUUCUUAUAUGAUCGCCUUAUGUAAAACCAUAGAAACGUGCAUUGAGUUUGGAGCGAUAUGUGAAGUGAAGAUUGAAGACGUGAUAGAAGAUGGACGACUACUGCUAUGCUAAGAUGGCGACGUCCGCUAAAAGAGAACAUGAAAGAGAAUCAACUUCCAGCAAAUCACCAACGGAGAUAAAGACGAAAGAUGAAGACGUCCAGCAGCUGAUUGGUCAUUCAGAAGAACUUCCACCUCGCGUGCAGAAGCAAGCGUGUCCAUGGCCUUCCCACAUUAAAGAGGAAGAGGAGGAAUUCUGGAUAACGCAGGGAAGUGAUCUCACCAAGUUGCCACUGACUGUUGUCUCUGUGAAGACUGAAGAUGAUGAAGAGAAACCACUGAUUCGCCAUCCAGAAGAACUUCCACCUCAGCCGCGGGGCGAGGGCUCCGCUUUGAAGCAAGAGCGUCCAUGGCCCCCCCACAUUAAAGAGGAAGAGGAAGAACUCUGGACAACGGCGGAAGAUGAUCUCACCAAGCUACCACUGACUAUUGUCUCUGUGAAGACUGAAGAUGAUGAAGAGAAACCGCAAUUUGACAACCUUUUAGCUCCACUAUCAGAUAGUGAGGCCGAAGACGACGAAGAAGAACCUUUGAGCAGCGAUACAGACUGUGGAGGUGAUAUGAGGACUCACACUGACAAGAAACAUUUCAGCUGCUCAGUUUGUGCUAAAAGCUUUAAUCAUAAGAACACUUUGACUGUGCACAUGAGAACACACACAGGAGAAAAACCAUUUAACUGUACAGUUUGCGGCAGAAAUUUUUCUCAUAAGAACACUUUGACUGCACACAUGAGAACACACACAGGAGAAAAACCAUUUAACUGUACAGUUUGCGGCAGAAAUUUUUCUCAAAAGAGCAAGUUGACAGAACACCAGAGAACACACACAGGAGAGAAACCAUUCAAUUGUUCGGUUUGUGGCAAAACAUUUUCUUGUAAUAGCUAUUUGACUGGACACAUGAGAACACACACAGGGGAGAAACCGUUUAAUUGUUUGCUUUGUGGGAAAGUUUUCUCUUACAAGGUCUCUGUUAGAGCACACAUGAGAACGCACACAGGAGAGAAGCCGUUUAAUUGUUCGCUUUGUGGUAAAACAUUUUCUCGAAAGGCCAAUUUGACAGAACACCGGAGAACACACACAGGAGAGAAACCAUUUAUUUGUUCGGUUUGCGGCAAAACGUUUUCUCGUAAUAGAUUUUUGACCGGACACAUGAGAACGCACACAGGGGAGAAACCAUUUAAUUGUUCAGUUUGCGGUCAACAGUUUUCUCUUAAGAGCCAGUUGCCAGCACACAUGAGAACACACACUGGGGAAAAGCCGUUUAAUUGUUCAGUUUGUGGUAAAAGUUUUUCUCUAAAGCAAUCUUUGACUCGACACAUGAGAGUUCACGCAGGAGAAAUGCCUGUUAAGUAAACUUACAUUAAACUUUGUUAGUGCUAACAUUUUGACGCCAAACUAUCUAAAAGGAUCUAUACAUCGUGUGCAUUUUAAGGCGUUACAUUCUGAGAUAAUCUGUUGAAGCAAACUGAGCAUGAACUUGAUUUUUUUCUGACAGCCGCUACACAACUUGCAUUGUUAAGAGAACAACAUGGAUGGGGUUUCCCUCACCUUUCUUAUGGAUUACAGAAGUGUAUGUCAAAGAUCAUGAACUGGUGUUUGUGUUGUGAGAAUGAGAGUGUGAGAAUAAACUGCAGGCCAAAGUGGCCCAAAACUGAUUUUUUAUUUUUUUUAUCUGAUUUUUUCCCACCUGACUGUUUACACUGCAAGUGAAAUGUGAUUUUUAUCAGACUCCAGUGCAAACGCCAAUAUGGCUUCAACUUCACUUGCAUGCACAGUGCAACAAAGUGAAAACAAAAGAAGUUAACCGGGAGGAAGUUGCCACUACUACAAAAUAAAAUAAAAGUUAAUAAAAAGUUUCUUAACGUGAAAAUAAAUUAAAGUGAUAUAAUAUAUGAAUGGAUGUAUAUAGUGUGAUAUGUUUGGGAGAGUUAUAAUCUUUUAAUGGUUGUUAGAGGAGACAUCAGCGUGGAUCUACGGGAGCUUUAUUUUUCAACUCACAGCAUCAAUUCCGGUCCUUCAACAAUCGCUAUUUCUUUGGAAUCAAAAUAUAUAUUAAUAUACCGUAUUUUCCGCACUAUUAGCCGCACCUAAAAACCACAAAUUUACUCAAAAGCUGACAGUGCGGCUUAUAACCCGGUGCGCUUUAUAUAUGGAUUAAUAUUAAGAUUCAUUUUCAUAAAGUUUCGGUCUCGCAACUACGGUAAACAGCCGCCAUCUUUUUUCCCCGUAGAAGAGGAAGUGCUUCUUCUUCUACGCAAGCAACCGCCAAGGUAAGCACCCGCCCCCAUAGAACAGGAAGCGCUUCUUCUUCUACUGUAAGCAACCACCCGCCCGCGUAGAAGAAGAAGAAGAAGCGCGCGGAUAUUACGUUUCAUUUCCUUUGUGUGUUUACAUCUGUAAAGACCACAAAAUGGCUCCUACUAAGCGACAGGUUUCCGGUUCAUGAAAAGACGCAAUCUCUCCAUCCGCACACGGACUACUAUUUCACAGCAACUGCCUAAAGACUUUCAAGAAAAGCUGGCUACUUUCCGUGCAUAUUGUAAAAACAAGAUAGCUGAAAAAAAGAUCCGGCCAGAGAACAUUAUCAACAUGGACGAGGUUCCACUGACUUUUGAUAUU